GAGAACCUCAGAGCGUGCUUAUAAAAUCACCGCACAACUUUGAGAUUAUUUCAGUUGCGAUCGUUUUACCGGCGAAGUUGGAAGUGUAAACAAAACAGAAGAAAAUGAAGUUUAUUUUGAUUCUACCGAUGAUUGUUGCUGUAUCAAGUGCUCGAAAGCUUGAUGAGAAAUUUGCUUGGAAGGAAUUAGACUUUGCUUGGCCAUCUGAAGAGGCAAAACAGGAAGCCAUCCGAUCAGGGAAAUACAUUGAGAGUCACAACCUUCCAUUAGGCUUGGAUAUCUGGCAAGACAAACUUUUCAUAACCGUUCCCAGAUGGAAAAGUGGAGUAGCAAGCUCAUUGAACUAUGUGAAACUUUCGGAAUUAGAAAGAUCGCCAGUUCUUUACCCUUAUCCAUGUUGGGAAGCUCAUGACCUUCCACAUGACGUUCCCUCAACUGAAGGCGAUGCUAAUUAUGGUGGUGGUCGAACAGAUGCCAAGGGAGCUGAGAAAGUUGAGAAUAUUCUUGAGAAGAAUAACGAAACAAUUGUCAGCACAUUCAGAAUUCGUAUUGAUGAAUGUGAUCGUUUAUGGGUCAUGGAUAGUGGAUUGGCUGAUAUCUUAGGAUCACCCAAGCAAUUGGCACCGAAUUCCAUUGCUAUUUUCGACUUAAACACCAACAAACUCAUCAGAAGGUUCAUCAUUCCCGCUGAUCAAGUCAAAGAAGAUUCUUUCUUCGCCAACAUUAUUGUCGACACACAAACUUCACAUUGUGGUGAUGCUUUCGCAUAUCUUCCUGACUUGGGUUCAUAUGCUGUCGUUGUUUAUGAUUUCAAGAACGAUCAUUCAUAUCGUGUCAAACAUAAUUUCUUCCACUUCGAUCCAUUACAAGGUGACUUGACUGUUGCUGGUGUCAACUUCCAAUGGACUGACGGUGUGUUUGGAAUGGCUUUAGGAAAGCCAACGAACGAGCAUGGAGAUCGCACAGUUUACUUCCACGCUCUUGCAUCAACAAAAGAAUUUUCGGUUCCAAACACUGUUUUGAAGAACGAAACUUUUGCAACAUCAAAUGACGCUUACUUUGCUUACACACUCUUAGGAGAUCGUGGUCCUAAAUCUCAAUCAACUGCUGAACAUUACGAUGACAAAACUGACGUCAUUUUCUAUACACAAAUUAAUCGUGAUGCUGUAGGCUGCUGGAACAUCAAUAAACCUUUCACACCCGAGAAUCAAGGUCUCGUCGAUUCAGAUAGCGAUGCUUUGGUAUUCCCAAAUGAUCUUAAGGUUGACAAUGAUGGAACGUUAUACGUUCUCAGUGAUAGAAUGCCUUUGUUCAUUUAUGGAACAUUAAAAUCCGAAUAUAAUUAUCGAAUUUUAACAGGAAAAACAUCAGAGAUAAUCACCGGAACUCCAUGUGCUUAAAGUUCCUUUUUUAAUUUUAAGUUUUAUUUUGCAUAACUUUUCUAAAAGCAAUAAAUUUCCAAGAGCUUUCAUAAAAGCUCAAAAAAAUUUUUGGAAACAAAGAAAACUUUUUUUUUCUCAUCAUCAAAGAUGACGACUAAUUAAUUUUAUUUCAAUUUACUAUCAUCAUUCAUACAUUUUUUUAUAAUUGCACACUAAAUUUGAUUGCUGCAAGUCUAAUUUCACACAAUUUCAAUUUCAAAUUUCUUUUUUUUACUAAAUAAUUAUCAGACGAUGUGCAAAUAAAAAUAAAAUAAAACGUAAAUCAAAACAACAAAUACGUUGAUGUUGUUUUGGAAGAAUUUAUGUGUUAAUUGAAGGGAGGAGAGAAAAAAACAAAGGAACGAAAACCAACAGACUUGUCAACUAUUUUACAUAUGAUUUGCUGACUUGCAUUGUCGAAUAGCUUCGUUGAAACCUUCGCAAAGUGACAAAUCGGAUUGUUGUUGAGCACAUUGAAGGAAUUGUUUGAUCUCCCAUGCACAUGGGCCUGAUGAUGAUUGUUCUGAUGAAGCUUGUUGAGUCGCAACUGGUUGUGAGGCAUUGUCUUGUGUUGCUGGUGCAUCUGAAGAUCCUCCACUAAACAUUCCCGUAAUUGCAUGUCCCAUAGUGUGUCCAAUUGCAACACCAGCAGCGGUUGAUGCAAUGUUAGCCAUCAUUCCAGGUCCCUGAGAUGGUGCAGCCAUUGGUGGAGCAACAGCCGUUGGUGGCGGUGCCGCUGCAACUGGAGCUUUUGUUGGAGCAGCAGCUUGUUUAGGAGGCGCAGCCAUUUGUCUGCGAGAUGCUGGUGGUGGAGAAGCUGAUCUUCCUCUUCGUGGCAUUUUGAAAUGUUUAUUAUUUAUUCUUGGUAUCAAAUUAAGACUUUUCUGAACUUUAGAUUUUGCUUUUACGAGCUUUGAUUAAAGACUGAGCAUGAAAGAAGCGAA